UUCGUUCCUUUCUUACUUCGUUCAUUCCUUCACCCAGAGAAAACAAAAAGGGAAAACCUAGCUAGCCUCCACCGCCGCCGAACUGAGUGACCCACUGCCGCCAUCCGUGGCCAUUCGAGGAGUCUCUCUUCGUACUGUUGGCGUUAUCCAAGUUGAACCCCCUGAUCGCUGUCUUCUUCCUCGCUCGGCGCCCAUCCUCCAUCGGAUUCGUCCUGUCGCCGUCGCCGUCGUCUCGUCGCCCUUUCGAAAGUCAGUGGCUUUGCCUCUUAGCAUCUUAUGCCAGUCGUUUCGGACAGAGACAAAUUCACGACUGGAUUUUCUCAUGGUGAUGGUCAAGGCCAUGCAAAUUUAUUCAAAGUAGUUAAGCAUUACUUGCCUGGUCCAGUCAGAAAAAUCGAAAGAGGCCUAUCAUCAAGCUCAUAGUUCAUCAAUAAUCUCCAACCUCAGUAAGCUGAAUCGUUAAGCCACCGAAAAUGGGAGGCCAUGGUGGCCUCAACAUUCUCCCGCAGAAGCGGUGGAACGUCUACAACUACGAGAACAGGGAAAAGGUCCGCCGCGACGAGGAGCAAGCCGCCAGAGACGAGCAGAUCAAGCGCGACGAGGUCAGAAAGCGUGAUGCCGAGUUCCGCCUCGAGCGCCUCCGCACCGCCAAGGGUUUGGCUCCUCUCGUUAAGGCCAAGGCAGAGGAAGAGAAGGAGGAGGAAGGAGAAGAAGAACCGGAAUUGAAUAAUUCGGGUAACAACGGACACAUUAACUUGUUCGAGGGGAUUAAGAUUUUCGAUCCUGUACGAGGAACCGAGAAGAGGAAGGAGUUGUUGGGGGAAAGGGAAGGGUGGAAGAAGGAGAAGAGGAUGAAGAAAGAAGAAGGGAAGUCCUCGGGGGUGGCGGUGGGUCCCGAGGAUGACAAGUAUAGGUUAGGGUAUGGGGUAGCAGGCAAGGGUGUGAAGAUGCCUUGGUAUCUUGAGAAGCGGAAUGGCGAUGAUGAGAAGGGUGGUGGGGAUGAUAGUGAUGGAAAAGUGAAGAAUGAGAACAACAAGAAGAAGAAGAAUGGGAGGAAGACUUUGGAGGAGUUGAGGGAAGAGAGGUUGAAGAGGGAGAAGCGCGAGAAGGAGCGCGAGAGGGUGUUGAUCGGGGAGAAGGGCCGCAGCAGCAGCAGCCAUAGUGAGCGCCGCAGUGAUAGAGAUGUGUAUGGGAACAAGAAGUUUAACAGGCGAUAAUUUCAGUAAGUGACACAGAUUUCCUUAUUGAUGCGUCCUCCAUGUCUUGUUGCACGGAUCUCUGGAUUUGCUCUGCCGGAUAUGGCCUUUGGGAUUUUGUUCUUUUUGUUCUAGGGUAAUUCAUUGCAAAUUCACAAAUCACAUGCAGUUUCUUGCAACCCACAUCAAAGCUCCCACUUUGCUAAAUAGACCCGGUAAAAUCACCUGUCAGAGCUUGUGCUAUUAAUU